GCUGACUGAAAAAUUUUUGCGAAAAGAGGAUGGUGGAUCAGAAUUUUUUUAUUACUUAAAAGAAUCUGCUGAUGUUGUUGCUAAGUAUAUGCCAACAUGGACAUCUAAAAGAAAGUGCAAGGCAUAUGCAGUAUUUGGGGCUAUGUCAAGACUUAUAUUUAAAGAAGCUGAGAAGAAUCUUGAAGCAAUGGAGCUUUUCACACAAAUCUUUGGGGAUAUUGAUACCUUUGAUACAAUAAUACGAGAUGAAGUAUUGGUUAAAGUAAAUGAACUAGAAAUUGAACUGGAGAAAAAUGUUAAAAAAAGGCAAAAUGUCUGUCCUAGAUUUAUUUCCUGCUGAAGAGGAAAUCGAUGAAGAUUCUACAACUGAUGUGACAUUGGAUGAUGUUACCAUGACUGCUGAUUCUAUAUCUGAAGGUGCUAACUUUACAGAGCUUGUGAAUAUGUUAGAUAAUUUGAAUGAGCUUGAAUUAUCCAAAGUCAUGGGGUUUAGUAUCUGGAGGGGCUAUUCUUCUGUACAGCUGCAUGUCGUUAGGAUUUUUGACAUGUACAAUAUAAACCUUCCUGGGAUAUGGAAUUUUGCGAUUAUUCAAAUGCCUGACCUCAAAUCAGAAGAUAGAAAAAGCACAAGAUCAUGCCAAAGAGUAAAGAAAAUUCCAAUUGAAAGUUUUCAAGGAGAAGUACUAUGCAAAGUCUUGAAGUUUGUCAUUGAUGUUCUCAAGUAUAAAGUUCCAAAUGCUUUGAUGGAAACUUAUUUAGAACUUUGCAUGGAUUUUCCACCAAAUCCAGUCAUUGAAUCUGAACCAGCAUUGCAAAACAGUUCAAAUACCACCCAGCCAGAGCUGCAAGCAAGUCAACCAGAAUUAUCAGCAAGUGUUAUCCAACCAGAAUUACCAGAUAAUUCUAUUUUUAGUCAACCUGUUCCAUGUAAUGAUCAAGUUUCCAAUGAACAACCAGCUGAACCUGAUACAAGUUUGCACUUAAACUUGUCAGUAACGAUAGGUUCUAUUGAUCUAAGUUUUAAUUGUAAAAUAUGUUCAUCAGCAUAUGAAUAUAUGUUUGACCUCAUCCAGCAUCAUAAAACUGAACAUCCAGAACAUCCUGACCCAAUGCAGAUAAUUAAUUACUUGGAAGAUGAAACAAGCCGAAUUCCUGUUGCUGGACCUUCUGGUUGUACUUCAACAAGUAUUUCAUGUAGCUCUGAUUCUGAAAUUGAUGUUCCAGAUUUACCCCCAAAAACGAAUACUAAGAAGACGAAAACUGUAUUGAACCCGUAUCUUAGAUACCUUGGAAAACGAAGAGAAGAAGAACGACGUAAAACCCCAACUGCAACAGGAAAAGAGAUAGUUUCAAAGAUUGCGUGA